AUGACAGUUGGACUGCAUCGAACAGUUUCCUUCCUUGAUUUUCUUUGUCAGUCUGAUCAUGAUCUGAACUUCUCUCCUCCUCAGAGUUUUGCAGGGACGUGGUGCAGCUGCCUCCUCCUCCACAGAACUCAGAUGGGUGCUGCUUGUGUUCAGCUCCUGUUGGCUGCCUCCCUGUGGACGAUGCCUGACAUGGGAGCUGCUGCUGCUGCUGCUGUGCUGUCGAGCUCCACAGAGCUGCUCAACACAACCAGAGCCGGAGCUGAGACACAGUCUGACAUCAGGAUGCUCACCGGAGCCGCAGGGGUGUCUCGCAGCAGACGCAAGCGAGCCAUUUCAUCCAGAGAGAUAAACGCCCUGCUGGAUUACCACAACCGAGUCCGCUCUCAAGUCUUCCCCCCUGCAGCGAAUAUGGAGUACAUGCUCUGGGAUGAGGGAUUGGCUAAAUCAGCUGACUCCUGGGCUUCACGGUGCAUUUGGGAUCACGGUCCGACACAAGCCAUGAAAUAUAUGGGUCAAAACCUGUCAAUCACUUCAGGAAGGUACCAGUCUAUCACUGAUCUGGUCGGGUCCUGGUACGAUGAGCGACACCAUUUCUCCUACCCGAACAGAUGCAGCGGAUCUGUGUGCUCUCACUACACUCAGAUGGUGUGGGCGAGCACCAACAGAGUGGGAUGUGCUGUCAGGAAGUGUUUCAACAUGUUCGUGUUUGGGAGCACCUGGAGGGAGGCAACGCUGCUGGUCUGCAACUACUCUAUAAAAGGAAACUGGGUGGGAGAAGCUCCCUAUAAGACUGGGAGGCCUUGUUCUGUGUGUCCGUCCAGCUAUGGCGGCUCCUGCUGGAGGAACCAGUGCUCACCAAACACAAAAACCAGACGCCUUUCAAGGUAUUAACGCAACACAGUGUUUUAAAUGGGUUUUAAUGGAGGAAAGAAAAAAAUACAAACUCUUUAUCCAUGUGAAGUCCAGCUUUAACGAACACAACCAGAACAGAAAUGAUGCAACAGAUCCAGAGUGGUACAGUAUAAAUAAAUGUUUAUAUUUCCAUUGCUGUUGAUCAUCCACAUCACUGACAAAACGUUACUGAAAAGCAAAGAAUUAUUUUCCUUUAUGGGGUGAAAAUUUGUUUUCAUUCAUCGUCAGAGUUGUUUGCACUGUUUUUGAUGAACUUGUUGGUUUGAGUGACUUUUUAGAAGCACUGACCAAGAAAUGAAGCACUUUUGUUGUACAGAUUAUUCUUGCUGUAACCUUAGAUGUUAUUGAUUCUGUUUCUAACCUGAUCAGUAAAACAUUUUUCAUUGUUCAGUGUGAAAAACUGUCAAGUAAUCCCUGCAGUAAACCAGAAUGUGUUUAAUUCAUGGCUGUGUUUUCGCCCGACUGAACAUUAAUUAAGCUAUAAAUAACCAGUGAUGCUGUACAUCCCUAUAAAUAAUCUGAAGUUCACGACUUGUGUUUAUUUUCUGCUGCUGCAGGAAGUUUUCUGUCCUGCAUUUCACCUCAUUACAUCUUCUCCAUUUACCCCUAAGAGACUUCCUCUGCCAUAAAACGGGAGACUAAUGCAGAUUUUAUGGUCUAAAAUAUGAGGGAAUCAGCUGUGCCUCCAGACCAAUCCGUGGACCCACACUCGCGCACACACACACACACACACACACAGACACAUAUGCAAACACACCAAACAGCAAGCGUAUAAAAUAUGUGAUAUGGAAACCAUUUUCUCCCUGCAAACAAACAAAGUUCCUCACAAACAAGUGUAAAGAGAAGCCCAGCUCAGCUCUUAGGGGACUGUAAUAACUGUUUAUUUAGCAGCUCAUUAUUCAGAUGUGGAAAGUGACUGGACCUUAUUCUCAGUUUUUUAUUUUGUAUUUUUUUUAUUACAGUUAAUAAUCACGCCUGUUGUUUCUAACACUUUAUGAAAUGACUGGCUGUCUUCAGGCUGUCGUCAUCAGUCAGUGCUUUCACUGGAUCUUAAAGAAAUAGUUUGGCGUUUUGGUAAAUAUUCGUAUUUCCUUUCUUGCUGAGAGUUACAUGAGAAGAUUGAUGGAAACAGUAGGAUUGGUUUUGUCUGAAGGUAACAGAAUCCUCCUAUCAGCACCUGUGGAUCUCACUAAUUAACACACUCAAUCUUGUUUGUUUAUGAAAACUAAUUUAUGACUUUUUCCCUAAUUUUGGUUGUCACGGUGACGACAAGACACCCAGUAAAACCAAAGCUUCUCAGCUUUUUGUAAAGAUUAAACAAACAAGUAGUAACAUGUUAAUUUGUGAGCUUAAGAGCUGCUGGUGGGUGGAUUUCAUUACCUUUGGACACAGUUAUGCUGAUUCCCCCUGUCUCCGCUCUUUAUGCUAAGUGAGGCUAACUGGCUUCUGGCUGCAGCUUCAUAUUCAGUGUACAGAGGUGACAGUGGUCUCUAUACUCUUAUUUAACCAGAGAACAAGUGUUUCCCCAAAUCUCUAGCUUUUCAUGUUAGCUGGUCUGUGUGACUACCAGUUUGAAUCUGAGUCUUAAUAUUGUUUUUGAAAAUAAAAGAAAACAAGUGAAACCAGUCUUUUUUUUUUGCCAGCAGCUGCUAUCUUUUAAGCCUAGAGAGUGUGAUGCAAAAUUGUCUUCUUGAAUUAAAACAGGUGUGUGAUUUUCAUUUUGGUGGGUAGAGACUGUGGACGUGACAUUUCUAAAUCAGAUUUCAGACGGUGUCUCGACAUUCACAGGUGUUUCUGGCCGUGCUCCGUGUCUGACAGCUGAAGCAGUAAGCGACUUUUUCCCCCCCGGUGACGUCAGACAUCAUACACAGUUUGUGAGCUGCCACCCUCAGUACAUUCUCCACUCCUCUCUGUCUUUCAUGUCACUCCCCACCCUCUCUCCUUUCUGUAUAAACUCUGCUUUUUGCACAGCGCUCUUAUUCGCUACUAAUCUGUGUGUGGAGAAACCACUGUUCGGUGAUGAGAAAGAGGGAAAGGCACAUAAUAACUUUAUGUCUAUUUGAGUUUCUAUCAUCAUGUUGCCAUAGUUACAGCUGCUAUAUAGAUUGGUGUCCAUACGAGCCUGGUUACUGUUUAACCUCCCCACCCACAUUUGCCCAGAUUAGGAAAAUCAAUAAGAUAACAGCAGCAACACCGGCCUUACCUUGCACCAACAACACCCUUCUCACACUACAGCGCCCUGCGCCAAACUUCCACAUUUUACACCUUAUGGUGAGGGAAGAAAAAAGCGGAUUUAAAACAUAUGCUUGAGAGGAGGCGGGUGACGACAUGGUCAAUGUAAACAAACAAGUCAGUUCAAGUAUGGAACUUCCAUUUGGUGAGUACACACUUUCUCGUUUUUAUCAACUUCACUCGCUGGUUUCAGUGGAAUAAGGUCAAGUGUGGCGGCUGCUUGCUUUCCCUUUUAUUCGUGGUGGUUUUGUGCGGCCGAGCUCUGCUGGAUCACGUCUGAUUCAGAGUGGAAAUAUCAUCGCCAUUUGAGUCUGGCUUUUUUACACGGCUCUAAUCCAGGAGGUGUGUCAGAGAUAUGGAGGCUGGUUAAAAAAAAAAGGCCAUGGGAGCUGGGCCUGAUGGUGAGGAUGUUUUUGAAAUGUCAGAGCGCAGCAGGUCUGGAGGGGUUUACAGGAUGAUUUGAAAUGAUCUGAGCAUGAUGCUGUUGCUGCAGUUCAUGGAAGCAGUAGUAGCUGUGGUAUUGGAUGAAUUCAGAUAUUUUUUUCUGCAGCUGGGGAACUGAAAACAUCCUUUCUGUGGAUUUAAACUAACUAUGAAAAGCCUGAAAUAUUAAAGCUAAAGUAAAACUUUGAUGAAGCUUUGUGUUUUGAUGUGGCCACAGUCUAUGAUGCUGCACAAACACAGACACGGUUGAGGGUUUGAGGGUCUUUCAGAAAUCUCCAUCCAUCUCCCUCCACCUUGCUUCUACAGGCUAAAGAUGUUCCCUGUGUGACGUCUGUUUCAGCCACAUUGUGCUGCCUCUCUCGCAGAUGCAGCAGUUGGUGGGGGUUUUGUUUUUUUUUACGUCCGCAGUCAUUCAUCGAAUGAUUUGCAUGUCACAAAGGGAUGUGGAGAUGCAAAUCCUUUUUCACAAAACUCUGACCAAACGAGAAACAAAUGAUUAAUAAAAAAGGGACUCAUUUGGCUGAACAGUUGAUGCUCUCCAGAACAGACGCUGCUGCAGGAUCCACAUUGGCCUGUGGAGCUAAAGGUUUUCUGAGAAUGAUGGGACUCACUCAGUUAUGUCUUUCAAGCCUUUUCCUGAAUAACUGCACCAUUGAACAGUUUAAUGGGUCAGCUUAGCUUAGCUUAGAUUUUUCUUCAUACAUCUGCUUUCCCCAUUUCUUUUUCCCUCUGCUGCAUCACUUCACAAAUUACUCCAAUUACAAACAGCCUGGUCACACAAGACAGUGGCAGAGCGAUGUUCAUCUGCACGUCUCUGACUCUGACACUAACACUGAUGUGUAACGUGACACUAACACUGAUGUGUAACGUGAACUUAAUCUCUGAAAGAUUUUCUAUAUCAUAAAAUAAUAAUAAUAAAUAAUAAUAAUAAUAAUAAUAAUAAUAAAUUUGUGGUUUUAGACGUUUGGUGACGUUGAAACUACUCGCAGGUUUGGUUGGUGAUCUCCUGUACUACACUCAACCCCUCUGCAAAUUAGUGGUCACCCAAAGUAUUGCAACAAAGCCUGUCGCUCAAAAAAAUCAUUUUUACCGUAGACCAGCAUUAUAAAAGAGACGUCUGUUAACGAGAAACCUCAGGGUCAGUUAUUACUGAUUUUGUUAUUAAUCAGUUAUGUUAUUAAUAAGUCUAAAAUUAAGUUUUCAUAUUUGUAAAACAUUUCCCAGAAACCACUGGGUCUUAUCUUCAUGACGUCAACCAAAUAUAUAAUAUCUAUGGGCUGAGCAGGAACAAAUGAAGGGGCCUGAUGGGAGGAGCACUAAUACAUAUAUGUGCAGUGGGCCACACCCCAGUCUGGUUUAGCAGUUUAUGGAUCAGCAAAGGAGGGUUAAAUAAAACCGGACUCAUGGCUCUCCAGAUCUCUCUCAAAGGCCAACACUGUCUAUGGUGCAAAUUCAUGGAUUAAAUUUGAAUUUAACGUUCAACUCAAUGUAAAAAAUUUCAUGCAGAUUUACUUAUAGAAAUUAAGUUUCUUUUUAAAUUAUUAAUUAAAA